UUCAAAACGUAUUUUUCUUCCACGUGCUGUAUUAAAAUAACUUUAUACUUACACAAUAAUAUCAUGUAUCAUUAUGAGUCAUGUCAUCUCUUGUUUCAUGAAACUUAGCGGCGAAAACAAAACAUUCAAUGAUCAAUUUCAUCAUUGAAAGUUGAAAGUCAAACUAUCACGGAAAUAGACAACAACAACAACGACACAAAAAGCAAAGCGGAACCACCGAAGAUUACACACAUCAGAGACAUUCAAACUAAACAAAUAAUUACAUGUCAAUUCGAUUUUUUCGUUAAAAAGAGAAAGCGGUACAUCAUACUACUGAAUACAUACAUACACGCGUAUAAGUAAUAUCAAUUGCAAUUAUUGUUAAUUCUAUACACCGGAAUAUGUAUAUAUACAGUGACGCUGAAUAGAGAGGUUAUCUUUCGAUUCAUGACAGUUGCUACUCUCCCGCGCUCUCUCUCUCUGUUGGUCUGUCUGUAUCUCAUAGCAAUCAAACAGGAAGAGCAACGACAGAAGGAGCAUGUAAUGUAAUGUAAUGAGAGUAGAAAGACAAAGUAGAACUUAAACAUCAAACGUUUUCCGUUUUCUGUGUUUAAUCUCUGCCUCCCUCUCUUUGCCUCUCUCCGUCUCACCCUGAAUACAUCUCAAACAGAGCAUGUUGAUUUUGUCAAUACUCUCCUCUACCGAUAUACAUAUAUAUAUUGAACAAACAUACUCACGACGAUAACUGUAAUAAAAUAACUCGUAUGACAAAAGUGUCAUUGUCAGACAAUUAGUCUCUUGAUUGGUUAACCUGUUUGCAUAUAUAUAUACCCAUAUAUUGGUGUGAUUUCCUCCAUUUUUGUUCUCAAGAUACUCAAGAAACAUUUCCAGUGGUAAACGAGGCAGUAUAUGAGUAUGGAUGUUCCAAAUGAACUUACUUAAUACCUCACACACACACAUACACACACAAAAGAAAUAAUAUACUGCUGAGGAAUUAUACAAUAUACCGCUACCGCUACUAAAAAACUUUGUAGAAUUUUAUCAAUACAUUUUUUUUCUCGAAAGUAAGCUCCCUUGAGAGAGAGAAGAAUUAGCCGUGUUCAAAUUAAAACUGUUGCAUACUACUACUACUAAUAUUACUAUUGCCAUUAGUAGUAAAAUUAGUAACAACUCAAAUUUCCUUUGAACAUUUAAAAAUAAGUGGAAAGCAUCUCUCUCGCAGAAAAUAUCAACCAACAAAAUACCAAUUACAUAUCAAGUAGAAAGUUAUCUCUGAAGUCCCUCUCGUUUGUGAGGAGUGUUUUUUACCUGCUGAUUUCUUUGUUCUCUCUGUCACAAAUGGAAACAUAUAUUUGUCCAAGCGAUAGACAAUUAGCAUUACGCGCAAGACUUGGAACUGGAUGGUCAUCUAGAGCACAGUCGGUACAACGUCGUCGAGGUCAACCAUUGAGUACAGAUGAAGAGGAACAAAUUCUACGCGUUCUGAAACGUAAUGAAGUGCUUGCUGAGAACGAGAAAGCUAGAGUUGAAGCAAUGUUGCAAAGACUUGAACGUUUAAAACAAACAACUGGUGGUAAACCAAAUGAAGAAUGUGCACUGUGCAGAAAAGAAUUUGGACAUUUAAGUAAUUUACCAAUAGUCUGCAUGGAAUGCGGUCGAUGUGUAUGUACAGCAUGUUGUGUAGAAGUGACUAUUUCAUCUCUAUGUCGACAACCUGUAACAAAACGUAAUUCCCUACUCAACUUUCAAUGGAUAUCAAAUAUGCAUGGUAGUGGUAGUCUAGCUGGGACACCUCAACAUCAAACUUACUGUCCAGUGAAUAAAAGUCAGGCGAAUGGAGGUACAACAUCGAGUAAUCUAAUGAAUGCGACAAAGAUGACAUCAACAACAACAGCAACAACGGCAACGUCGGAUACAAAUAAACAUAGAUUUUUGAAUCGUCGUAGUAGUCUUAUUGGUACAUUGAAUUCUGCUGCGUUACACAGUCAACAAUUUCUAGAAAGAGUUAGAGUUAAAACAAAUUCACGUCAGGGUGAUAGUCAUUCAUUCGUUUGUAAAAUAUGCUAUGAAGCCAGAGAAAUUUGGAAACGGUCAGGAGCAUGGUUUUAUAAAAGUCUACCACGUCGACAAAUGAUCAGUUGUCCAUCAAGUCCUUCUGCAACACCAAUUUAUAAUGACUGUCAAACGCUGAAUGAUCUCACAGAUCUUGUUAAACCGAUUAAAACAAAUUUUGACUAUGCAAGUAAUUCUGAUCAUACGGAUAAUGAUUCAGAACAAUGGAUACAAUUGAAACCUAACAGACGACCUUCAAAACCUGAAGGUUCCGAGUCUGUCAGCCCUCCUAUCUCUAGUACAAAUAAAGAUUCAUCUUCAAGUGAAGCUAUUUCGACUACAAAAGUACGCAGUAUAGCUAAAGAAUUUCCAAAAUCCCCAGAACAUUCUACCCAAAAUCUCACGGAAGCCUCCAAACCUACUUCUCCAUCCUAUACAAGUGUGCCUGGAAUGGUAACCAGUCCAGAUAACGCCUAUAAACAAUCACCAUGCCCAUUGCCCGACUCUCCUAAUCCUAAUUCCUCAUGGAAGCCUCAGUCUGUUCCACCUAUCUCAACUCUAUCCUUUCAUCCAGCAUUUACGCCCAGCAAAACUGCUGGUCAUUCAACAGCCUCUGCUUUAGCCUCUUCAUUUACUAAUACAAAUUCUACUCAAAAGGUUGCAAGUUUAACAGGUGAAAAGGAGCCUGCUAAUCUUCUUUCAACUGCAUCAAAUGCUGUAUCUUCAGUACGACGUCCAACUGUAUCUCCAAGUGAAGAAGCUCCAUUUGGUAUCCUCUACUUCACCCUAUAUCAUGAUACAGCAAACAAACAGCUUCAUGUUGCAAUACACAAGGCUAAGAAUUUAAUUGCAAUGGAUGCCAAUGGUCUAUCAGAUCCUUAUGUUGUCUGUCAACUUCUGCCUACUAGUCAUAAUAGUCCUGCACCACGUACUUCUACAAGACCACAAUGUUUAAAUCCUGUCUGGAAUGAAGCAUUGACCUUUGAACCAUUUGAUGGGAAAAAUAUUAAUACAAAAACUUUGAGAUUAGCUGUCUUAGAUGAAGAUUUAUACGGUUCCGACUGGCUUGGAGAAUAUCGUUUACAAUUAUCCCAAUUAAUCCCUAAUCGUUUAACUGACUUUGCUGUCCCAUUAGGUCCACGUAAACCGGUACAACGUGGUGAAUAUGAUCUCGCCUGUCCAACACGUGGAAAAAUUCAACUUGGUCUUGGCUACCUAGAAGAUCGUAAACAAUUAUACGUUGAAGUAAUACGAUGCGCUGAUCUAGCUCCAAUGGAUCCUAAUGGUUUCUCUGAUCCUUUCGUAAAACUUUACCUUCGACCGGAUAAAACAAAGAAAACGAAACAAAAAACUCAAAUUAAAAAGGCCACACUAUUUCCUGAAUUUCAUGAGACCUUCUUUUACGACUUGAAUGCAUCUGAAGCGGGUAGUCGAACACUUGAAGUAACAGUAUGGGAUUUUGAUCAUGGACCAAGUAAUGAUUUCAUCGGUGGAUUGACAUUAGGCGCAGGUGCUAAAGCUGAACGAAGAGAAUUAUGGUUGGCGGUAUUUCGUCCACCGUAUCGUCGUAUUGAAGCCUGGUUCCAGUUAUCUAAUCGUACUGAAAAUGGUAAUCAAUUUACAACACCUGGAGUCUGUGAUUGAAAGAACCAACCUACCAUCGAUGAUGAUAAUAGUGAUAAUAAUAAUUUAUUUUUUCACAUAUUCACUAUAAACUAUUUAUUGAUUGAUUUUUUCUUACUUUUCUUUUCCAUAUUUCAUGAUGUUGAUGUUGUUAAAAUGUGAUAAUUACUCGUUAACGAUCUGCAUACACUAAGAUUUUAAAAUUCCUUCACAUUUAUCUAUACUGUCUUUCAUUUCUAAAUUUGCAUUUAUUGUACAAAAUUAAAUAAGGUCACAAAAAAAAAACUGACAAAAUGUCCUCUCCUCUAACAAAAAUGCGCGUGUCCCUGUAUAUGUCAUUGUUAUUCGCUUUUGCGUCAGUGGAAAAUCUACUGAGUCGAAAGACGGAAGCACAAAAUUAUUACUAAUAUUGUUAUAUCGAUCCAUGUAUUGUUUUAUAAUCUUCUCAGAUACCCAAUGUACUCUACUCUGUCCUCACACACUGCAUAAACACACACAUAAACUUCUGCCUUUUAACAGUCCUAAUCCAUUCAAAUAUUCAGCUGACUUAUCUCUCUAACGAACUGAUAGGUUAUACACGAUAUUUAAAUUAUUCCUGUGUUUAUUUCGUUGUCAUAACAACAUUCGUUCAUGUUGUUAAAUUUAUAUGAAUUUAAACAAAGUUAUUGAACAUUGAAUCGAUUAAUUCAUCAAUUAAUUAACUGACUGACUGAUUGAUUGAUUGAUUGACUGUCUAACUUUAUCUUUUUUAAACAUUCGUAUAAGUUUUUAAAAAAGUUGUAAAUGCAUUUAUUGUUAUGCCUAUUCAAGAUUAAUAUAAUUAAAAUACACACAUAAAUAUUUAUCUUUUAUGCGAUAAAAAUUGACGAAAAAUAAACAUUGGGCAUUGAACACUUGUUUGUUUCUUUAUUUAUAUAAAAGUGAGAAUCCAUCAAUGAUUAAUAAACAAAUUAAUUAAUUAAUUAAAACUCAGUUAAUCGCAUGUUGUUUACUGCUAAUGUGUUUGUCAGUUUCUUUUUA